CACCGCCACCACCACCGGUGCGGGUGCACCUGCUAUGCCACCGUGCAUGGCGCCAGCAAUGGACCACCUAUGGCUCCUAUGAGGAUUUGCGAGCAACUGGCGGCAAGCCAGCCAAGCAUCACCAGUGUGAAGCAGGCGUACCGCGAAGUGGCCAGUUCCCGACGUCUGCGCAAGUUCCUUGAGCUGGUUCUGGCUUUGGCACGUGGCAACGGCUCCGAAUACCGACUGCCCUCACUUAAUCGCCUGGCCGACACCAAGUCUAGUGCCGCCAAUGUAGGGUGGUGACCUUGCAAUAUC